AUGUUUUCGUUUUGGCAGCUAGUCCUGCUAUUUUUACGUGUUCUCCUUUUAACCGGCGGUAGUAAUGGUGAGUUCUACUCAUCUGUGGACACCAUGCAGGCGUUGGCAUAUGUCGAGAAGGAGAUACUCGAUGCCACACAUGUCUAUGUGAAGGCCCAGGAGGAGCAACUCAACUUAUAUCGCAAUUUUGUUGCGCAAGUGAAACGGGAACAUGCCAUGGCUAUUGAUGAAAUGCAACUCGAAGAAUAUGUGGGUCAUCCGUUGCAUGCGUUUAGAUUGUUAAAACGUAUGGUCACCGAUUGGAAUGGUCUGCAUGAAUUGAUGGUUAACAAUCAGGCCAGAGAAGAUUAUCACCAAAAGAUAGACCAGGUGGCCAAGGACUUUGGCUAUCCAGACAAUACGGAUAUUCAGGGAGCUGUAAAGGCUUUCAAUCGCCUGCAAGAGGUUUACAACUUAACUGCGAAUCAUCUGGCCGAUGGUAUAAUUAAUGGCAAAUUAACUGAAACCGAAUUGGAGUGGCGGGAAUGCUUUGAAAUUGGAGUUCAGCUCUUUGAUCUUAAGCAAUAUGAACGCUCUUUGGAGUGGUUUAAAGUGGCUUUUAGAAUACUGGUUACCUCCUCGCGGAAGGUUCUAAAUAGGCGAAAGUUCGAAUUCGAGUUAAUGGAAUACAUGGCUAUAGCCAAUUUUGAGUUGGGUAAUGCCAAAUCGGCUGGCAUAUUAUUAGAUCAAAUAUUGAAAGUAGAGCCCACUCAUUCGGCGCAACAGACGCGCAAAUAUUUGCUUCAUCGCGAAAUGCUGUCAACUAAAAAGGUGGAGGUGGCAUCGGAUCCCACGUGGCAUGCAAACUAUACGCGUUUGUGUCAGGGUCACAGAUUGCCUGAGCCAUUCACUGGCAAAUCACUUCACUGCUAUUUAGAUGCCAAACGACACGUAUCGUUCAUUUUGGCCCCACUUAAAGUGGAGCAAGUGCAUGUGGAUCCUGAUAUCAAUGUCUAUCAUGGUGUUCUCAACGAUGCUCAAAUCGAGAAAAUCCUACAGGAAUCCGACCAAAACGAAAUGAUGCGAUCGGCAGUAUCUGGAGAUAAAGGCAGCGCAACAAUUGCUGAUCUCAGAGUCAGUCAACAGACUUGGCUCAACUACAGUAGCCCCAUAAUGAGAUCCUUAAGUAAUCUAAUAUCUGAUAUUUCUGGUUUCGAUAUGGCCGGAGCCGAACAAAUGCAAGUGGCCAACUAUGGAGUGGGUGGUCAGUAUGAACCCCAUCCAGAUUAUUUUGAAGUAAAUCUGCCACAAGAAUUUAAAGGCGAUCGCAUCUCAACGAGCAUGUUCUAUUUGUCGGAUGUGGAGCUGGGUGGCAAUACGGUCUUUAUAAAACUGAAUGUUUUUCUGCCGCCUAUUAAAGGUGCCAUGGUUAUGUGGCAUAAUCUUCACUAUUCUCUGGAUGUGGAUAGACGUACAAUACAUGCCGGUUGUCCUGUUCUCAUUGGUUCCAAGCGAAUUGGCAACGUUUGGAUGCAUUCGGGAUAUCAGGAAUUCCGCAGACCCUGUCUUCUUACCUGCGAUGAGGAGAAGUCUUCGGGCUACAGGGACUAAGGCCUUACUAUACAUAUCAAUAAAUAUAUAUACAUAGGUACAUACGUACAUAAGUUCAAUAGUAAUACUACUAAAGGUAAGAAGAUUUUAGUCCUUAUCACUGGACGGAUUACUAGCAUACUUGCUGACUCUUUGUGUUGU